CCGACGGCGGGCGGAAAAGCGAACUCAUUUCGGUGGGCGGUGUUCGAUACGAUUUAACUCGGAUAAUUCCCUCGAAUGGAACUUUUGCACCGUUGAGUGAUUACGUCGAAAGGUGUUUUCUGUAGUGUUGAUGAAAACUUUGAGUGAAAGCGUGGAUUAGCGAUAAAAGAGAACAAGACGGGAUCGGCUUGAUCGAGGAGUCCUCAAAGUUUUCCCAAAGUGGGUGGUAUGGCAACGGAACUCAAUCUUUCAUAAAUUUCUCAGCACUGGUCCGGACAGGACACGCUUUUUGGCACACGCACGGUGUAUUCCUGUUGUAUCAUAGCCUACAUUUAGGGGAAAAAGCAGUGAUGAAAAAGUGAAAAUUUUCAAGUUUCUUGGGCUAUUAAGGUUUGAUUAGUGCACUGAGUAAGUGUAAGAUACGACUAUUGAAAGUGUGAAGAAAUUAUAACAACAAGAUUUUGGAAAAGGGUAGUGGCCCUUCUAGAGGUGAAAAAAGAAUCAAAGUUCGAUAUGGAGUGCAGUGAAGUGUAAAUCGGGAAAAUUCAACCCGAAAGUCGGCAAUCGGAUUUCAAGUGAUUAAAUUCCGUUAGUCCGGACUAGAAAGGUCCGACGUUCCUCAGGCCGGUGGAUUAUGUCUUCAUAUCCUGCGUACGACAGUGGCAACCCGGAGGAAAUUUUCUUCUCAACCUAUGAACCGUCGAAGGAAGAAAUACUUGAGUAUGCAGUCAAGAUUGGCAUCGAUCCGGAGAAGGAAACCAAUCUGAUUUAUCUCGCCCGACAGGGAUUGCUGCAUCCGCUGCCGGAAAAUUGGAAACCUUGCUACAGCAAACAGGUCAAAGCGUACUACUAUUACGACCGUUACACGCGGAAGUCUCAGUGGGAGCACCCGAUAGACGUCCUCUACCGGCAGAAGGUAGUUGACGCUCGGAAGGCCCUGUCGUUGGAUCGGUCCGACUCCACUUCGCUCGCGGAUUCCGGUUUUCGUAGUUUGAAGUCAGCAGCUAGCAACAAUAGUAACAACAGCAGCGGAAGCGGAAGUGCCGGCAGUGCCAGUGGGUGUGACAAGUGUGAGAUAGACUCACCGGCACCUGUGGAAGACGGAUGCAUUGAGGCUGGUGCCUUGAGAAAAGAGUCACAUGAACCGGAUCGAAUAUUUGGUAUUGUUGGCUCGAGUUCGGUGGAGUCCGAUCGGGAGGAUAGUGUUAAGCAUAUAGUUCAGGGAAAAGUUCAGGCUGAGAAGGACAGGGGUGUGGGAACAGAGGAAGCGGAUGAGAUCGAAGUGGGAGAGGAAGUUGGAAACGAAGAAGAGGAAGAGGAAGAGAGCGGAGAUUCGAAUAAGGAAAAUAACAGCCAACGGUUGGAUUUGGUGGUUCAAGAAAGGAAGCUUGAUGACAGUGCAGGAGCAAUGGCGAUGACACCGAAGAUUUCGUUCAACUUGGGUUCCAGUCUACGGGAUCGAUCGGAGACUAGUUUAUCGCGUGGGUCUUUUCAAGGAUUCACCCUCACUGGAACGGGAUCACAAUUUCUGAAAUCCAACAAAAAGCCUGACUUUGAGAGUUUUGAGUUCGGUAAGAAGGAAGAAGUGAAAGGAAUAUUGAGAGAUUCAAGUCUGACCUAUAUCAGAAACAAAGGAACUCCGAACGAAGAUUCUUCAGAUGAGAGAAAGAGUGUGCGCUUCGACAUUGAUUUGAAUGCAGAGUUGAAAUCCAAUAAACUAGAAGCGGUACGAGAUGAUUCGUUAAUUAACUUUGACGAGCUUGUCGAAGGAUACGACAACGAUGCCGAGGAAGAAGUGGAAGAAGAGGAGGAAGCCGUGGAAGGUUCGGAAAAGAAGUCAACGGAAACAUCCGAAGAGGAUUCAGACGCAAGCGAAGAAAUCGACAGCAAAGCUGAGGUGGUUAAGGAAGUAGUUGGGAGAAGGUUUUCCGUGGAAAGAGUCAGUGAUGAUUCGAUAAGGCAGUUGAAGGAUUCGAUUGCGGAUGAAAAAGCAAGGUUCAAAACAAAACUGGAGGAAGAGUUGAAGAACUUGAGAUUAAUAGAAGAAGCAAAUAUUCAAUGUGAACUAACAAAGGAGAAGGCACAUUUCGAAGAAAUGCUCAUCAAAGAGAAGGACAAGCUGAACGACCAUCAUCAGAAAAAUAUUGAAGAGAUCAAAGAGUUUUACCAGGUAAAACUAAAUGAGAUGAAGGCUGACUACGAGGAAGAGAAUGAGAAGGAGUACAGGAUUUAUAGGGAAACGCUACAGGAAGAGUUUGACUUGAAAGUCAAAGAGGUUACGGAUGAACACAAGGCAACAAUGGCAACUUUACAGAAAAAUCAUGAUGAAAUCGUAGAAGAAUUGGAGCGUGAUUUGAAGAUGGAAGAAGAGCUAUUGAAGAAGGAGCAUGCAACAAACUUAACGGAGAUGAAAAUUAAGCUGGCGCAUGAACUGGAGGUUGAACGUCAACGUAUGCGAGAAACUGGCGAAGACCGACUGUACGAGAAAAUUCGUUGCGAGAAGCGAUUGCUGGAAGAUAAGUACAAAUGUUUGAAGGAAAAGUAUACUCGAUUGAAGACUGAUGUGAGAAUUUCGCUCGAACGUCGCAAGAAACGACGAGAACAACAACAGCAAAGUAUUCUCAGCAAUAGCUAUGAAACGGAUGAUCGCACUCACUCGAAACCCACCCCACAGUAUCCUUACGAGCCAAAAUCAAGUGCCGGUGGACCUCCAUCUCUGUUGAUGAACUCGGAAAAGUCUUCAAUCAGUACUCCACCGCCUUCGGCUGCAUCUAAGCGUUUCCCGGCAAAAAAUAACUACCUGGUCGAGAAUAAGAGCAAACUUCUCCACUACAAUGGAAACGCCCACCAACAGGUGGCGUCCUCCGCUCCAUCGGAACCUCGCAAACCGUUUAUCUUGAACAACAACCGAGUCCAAAACACCGAUGAUACAAGUCAGAGCGAAACUACCUAUUCCAAGAACUACUUUCAAAUUCGUAGCAUUUUCGCUAACGUUCGCGACGACAACUUCAGUUCGGAUUCCGAGUUUGACAAGAAUCAUGACAAAAACAGUGUGCCGAUGACCCGGCAAAAGCGGAAGCUCUUCACCAAAACCAAAUCGGCGUCUACUUCGAAGCUGAACUCUUCCAAGCACGAACGAGAGCGGCCUUGCACUCCGGUGGAGAAUCUACGCAUUCAGCUCAAGAAGCUAGAGGAACUGGAGGAUCAGAUUCCCGAGUGUAACAUUGACACGCCUUACCAUUUGCGGUAUCCAUUCAGUGACCUGGAGAACAACGGCGGAAGUACGGAGCUGGACUUCUUCAAACAUCGCAUUCUUCUCGAGCGGGACUCGGUGAUGCGGGCGAAGGAGUCGCUGCGAGCGCAGAAGAAUCUCUUUAAAUCCAAGCAGCGGGAUAUUUCGGUGAAGCACACGAUGAAGAACAAACACACCAUGGAUCAGAUCUUUAGCGAGGAGAAAGAACAGACUGAGAUAGAGGUGUCUCUGCAUCGUACUCGAGCUCUCCUAGGUGAGAAAGUAAUUAGGCUGCGUCAUUUGGAGCGGUCGCUUCAGAAACUAUCAGAGAAGGAUCGACCCACGUUACCGGAAAAUAUCGAAAUCAACAUGAAACCCAAGGAGACGUUAAGUGAUCUGUCGUCCUACUCGAGUUCUGGUUUCAGCAGCACUGAUGUACCAACAGAACACAACAACGGCCGAAGGCCGUUCGUCGGACACGAGUCGAACGAGACGCUGAAAUACCUGGAACAUCUGCAUAGUGAAAUUCAAGAUAUCUGGAAUAUUUUGAACCCUAAUCACGCACCCAGCGGUUACGAAGAGUUGGACUAUCUGAACAACCCGUCGCAGCACUUUUGCGAUAUAGUGAUGUCGCCGAAGCCGGGAACUCCAGGCCACGGAGGAAAUGGGUCUGCUCAUCAGCAAACGAAGCAGCACCUCCAGUAUCAUCCUCAGCAACACCAUCAGUAUACCGUCAAUCUGCUGGAGAAGACUCGCGAUCUGAAGAAUUGGCUGCGGCAAGCCAAAUCGGAACACGAGCUUCUGAAGAAGAAGUCGUUUGGGUAAGAAGGUGCGUUUCGAAAGGGUGAAUGGUACAGUUGUGAUACUUCGAAUUACGUUUUAUUACUCGGAUAGUUUUCUAAAAUAAGGUUUAAACAUUUAAGUUGGUUCAUAAAGACGUUCUUACUUAUUCAAUUGUCACGCUCCCUUCACAUCAUACUAUCUGUGAACAUGGAGAGCACAUAUCAGGAUCAACUUUUAUUAUAUCAGGUGCUCAGUAUUCGAGUACAAACAAGAUUCGAGAAGAGCUGGUACAAAUGUUUCACGUAUGCGUUAUUGCUGUCUAACACAGUUUUUUUUCGGUCACGGAUGCUCCACAAAAUACACGCAUUGAUUUGAACAAGUAUCAUUCCAUUUAUUAA